AUGGUGAUCCAGCAUAUUCUGGCCUGGACUCUGAUCUGUCUGAACCUCACCUUUUCCCUGGGUGGGCUGGCAGCAAACACUCUCGUGAUCUGGCUCCUGAGUUUUCGCCUGCGGAGGAACCCCUUCUGUGUCUAUAUCCUCAACCUGGCAGCAGCCGACUGCAUACUCCUGGGCAUCACGUUUGUAUAUUUCCUCAUGAGCAUCAUCGAUUACUACCACAGUGUCCGAAUUUCCUACCAUAUAUUCAUCUAUAUGAUAUCGUUUCCCUACCUUACAAGCAUGAGCCUUCUCAGCGCUAUUGGCACCGAGAGAUGCCUGUGCAUUCUGUGCCCCAUUUGGUACCGCUGCCACCGCCCAGGUUACAUGUCAGCUGUCAUGUGUAUCCUGCUCUGGGCCCUGUCUCUGAUGCUGACCUUCCUGGAUUGGAUCUACUGUGAAGAAAUUGGAAUUUUGUGUCAAGCAUCUGAAUUCUUCAUUUCAGCAUGGCUUAUUUUCUUAUUUGUGGUUCUCUGUGGGUCCAGCCUGCUUCUGCUGGUGAAGGUGUUCUAUGGAGCCCAGAGGAGGAAGAUGACCAGGUUUAUUAUGACCAUUCUGAUCACGGUGUUGGUCUACCUACUGUGUGGCCUGCCCUUGGGCAUUAGUUGGUUCCUACUAUCCUGGUUUCCAAUCAAGCUUUAUGCCUUACUUUAUAUAUUUUUUCAAUUUCUCUCCUGUGUUAACAGCAGUGCCAACCCCAUCAUCUACUUCUUCGUUGGCUCCUUUAGGCAGCAGCGGCUGAAGCCAACCCUCAGGAUGGUUCUCCAGAGGGCACUGCAGGACACUCCUGAGGAGGAUGAACCUGGAGGAGCCCCCACCUCAGGGACCCACGGAGCAGAGAGCAGUGUGGUGUAG